AUGAGCACUUGUGUCCCUCCUCAAUCUGAGGCACAGCCACCACGAGUGGAUGAACACCCUAAUGCUCAGGAUCUUCGAGACGCUAUCUUGAACGACAAUGUGGAUGGAUUGCGAGAAGUCUUGGAAAGACACAAAGAUCUCUUCAAUACUAUUUUUUCCUACGAUUUUCAAGAGGAUGGCAUUGAUAUUUCACUCCAACUUUCCGCUUUACUUUUCGCAGCGGUAACGGGCCGCAUACUCGUGGUCAAAGUUCUUCUAACUGCAGGAGCCGCUGUUAAUACAGCCAUACCCGAAAUUGGAGGCAACGCCUUGCAUUUGGUCGCUCGUUAUGGUUAUGAAGCCAUCGCGAGACUACUGAUUGCCAGAAAAGCAAAUAUAGACCAGAGUGACAGAGCUGGCAAUACCCCGCUACAUUUAGCUUGCAAGUACCACCAUAUCAAUGUCAUUCAUUGUUUUCUUGACAAUGGCGCGAUUAGGAUGCGCAACAGAAUGGGACGCUCGCCCUUUCAUAUCGCCUCUACGUCUAAAUGUGCCUGCGUUCUAGAUCUCUUAUGGAACAGAGGCCCGACAUCUCAAAUCUCAGAAACAGAUUUGGACCUCAACCAGCCAUUGCACCUGGCCGCGAUCAGCGAUAGUGCCUGCGCGGCACGAUGGCUAUGCAAGAGCGGGGCCCCAAGAGUCGGACAGAACUACCGCAAGGACAACCCGCUGGAUGAGGCUUGCGUGGCUGGUAAUCUCAAGGCGGCCGAAGCUAUUCUCCAAUCCAGCGAUGACAGCAUCCUACAAGAAGCUAAUGGUUAUGGCUUUACGCCCCUCCUCUUGGCAUGUUUCAACGCCUGGCCUCGGAUUGUCGAACUUCUGCUUGGCCGUGGGGCCCUGGUCAGCAACACCACCCCUUCCUUUCUCUCGUGUUACCACCUUCUUGCUUUGAACAAAAGAACCUUCAGUCAAGACCACCGAGAUAUUGUCGACCACCUACAUGGUAGGGGAGCAGACAUUGAUAUGGUUAGCCGCAAAGGCGACACACCUCUUAUUCUAGCAUGCAGAAAGGGCAAGGUUGGUAUGGUCCGGAUGCUUCUCCAACACGGAGCCAGAAUCAAUUUCAAAUCUAAAGAGAGCAGUGGUCUGCUGGAAGCUAGCAUACAGCAAGAUGUUGAUGUCCUUGAAGAAAUUUUGAAGUGGAAACCCGACAUGUCCCACAGAAAUAAUCAUGGACUCACAGCUGUGUCACUUGCUUGUCGAUUCGGACGAGUCAAUAACCUGAAGCUACUCAUAAAGCACGGCGCCGACGUCUUAAUGCCUACGAUUGAGGGUUUGCCACCCUUAUGGAUUGCAACAAACUUCAACCACGUCGAGGCAGCACUUGAGAUCCUCGGGACACAGUUCUACUACCCAGCUAAUCCUUUGGACGAAAGAGAUUUUCCGAAAGAGGACCAUUGCAGAGCCUCAAUUGCCAACGGCCUACUCCAUGGCUUUGACAACAACAAGAUCAGUGGGCUGGAUGACCGUCGACAUGUCAUGUACUGGGCAGUCAGAUCAGGUUGCUUGGAACUUACGAAAAGAUGUAUUGGCCACCAACAGGAGGGCGAAAGGGAGACGCUAGAGCUACUGCAGGGUGACCAGUGGAAGUCUUCCACCUGGCUACAUGUAGCAGCACGGUUCGGACAUCAUCAACUUGUACGAGAAUGCUUUUCUCACGUCCCUUCUCUGAAGAAAGCUGCUUAUGGAAAAAGUCCCCUUCACUUGGCAGCUGUGAGUGGGACAAUUGAAGUCGCAGUCGUUCUUCUCCAACUAGUAUCUGAGCAACACGGUGUAGAAGCAAAGAUCCACGCAAUCAUAGAAGCGGACGAUAGCGGCGAGUCACCAUUGAGUUUAUCUGUGAGACGAGAGACAGGCGCUCACCAGGGCCUUGCCAAGCUCUUUUGGAGCGAGCUCGAAGCUCUAACUACCAUCAGUUACAAGCACCUACGAUCGGACAUCAACACGGCCUCAAUUAUCCUAGAGACACUGGCACGAUACGAGAGACCUGGGCGCGAAAGGAUUCUUGAAGGUGUUCUCAAGCAAUGGUGCUCAAGUAGUAGCAUCGUCACCGGUUACCCAAGCACGGCACUCAACUGGGCAAUAAACAAUGGGCAGGCUAUUGUUGUCUGGUGGCUCUUAUCGAAAGGAGGGUACUCAUCGAAGUUUACAAUCCACCAGGCUUUUAAUCUGGCAAUCGAAUUGGACACAGACCCAAUGGAUACUGCCAGGCAUCUCAUAACUGACAUGCUGAAGACUCCGCCACCUAUACUUGACAACGUUCCAAAUCCCAACGACGACCUGCCCCCAUGCAUUCCAGACGGGAACGAGGACAAGGAUGAUGUUUGUUACGCAACAGUUGUCCAUAUCCACGAGGACGGAGCAGUAAUCAACGCUCAUUACGCCGAGGGAAGUAUUCACGACAUGAUCUAUAAUGAAAAACAAGGCCCGAGCAGUAUUAUGACCCAUUACAAAAAGAGUUUGGGUCUCCGGGGUCUAGAGUCGUUGAAGAGCCGUUUGUCGUGUCCGCCACUGAUUGGGAAGGACUUUGGUACUGCUGCCUGUCGGAGAAGUCAGUCCGCCCCUGUUGACUCUUUUCCAAAGAGAAGCCCAGGCUGCGACGACAACACGCUGAAGGUUCAAUGGAUCCACCUUCCUGUAAACAAGCUUCAUCUGAUGAGGGACCUAUCAACUCGAGUAUCACACGACACAGGGAGGUCGGAAAUGGACCAUAACAACAUGAUAAGUCGUUUCAACCAGAGUUGGACUGAGAUACCUGCUGCUGCAGGACAUCUUUAUAUGAAGCCACAAUGCGAGCGUGCCAGAACCCUCCCGUCCGGCAGGGUAAACGAGCAAAUUGUUGAGAAUCAUGUGACGAAGGAGACUCCUGUAGCUCUUUAUAUGCCGUACCUCACCUUAGGCAAUAAAAGCCCGGGACAUCGUACUAGAGAGACUCAAACGUUUGAAAGUUUCAAUGAACCGAUUCACGGUCGCAGCACUAGGAGCAUUACACAUAUUCCUAUCACGUUAGAUCAGUACUACUACCCUGUCUUAGAUGACACCAGUAUUAGAGACGAGGAUCAAGUCAUGUCAAGAUACUGGGAGAAUAACGAAGACAACGGCAAGGACGAUUCCACAAUCAAGCGGGAAGAAGUUACAUAUAAAUCACGAGACCAGGAGGGACAAGACUUACCGGGACCUACAGAUGACAAGCGAAUUCUGAUGAUCAGUCAGUUAUGGAUCUGGAUCGUUGACGAGACGACUAUCAUCACUGCCACGGAGGAAACUUCAAUCAUGAAAGAUGGCUUCCUCAAAACCGUCCUGGAUAGUAUGAGGAAUGGUGAAGCUGGUACUCGGUUCGCAAGACCCACCUCAGUACACGCUAUGAUGGAAUUGAUGCUUGAUGUGGCUACCAGCUUCACAAUCUCGGACUGUGUGCAUACUUCUAAAUCCACAAUUUCACCCAUUGAUGUUUUCCGCGAGUCAAUCAAGGACGUGGUAAAUGAAGAAACAAAGCUCUUCAACGCCUUUCUGAAAGAGCUUAAGGAUGACACGGCCAACAGAUCUCAACAAAGGGGACAGUCUGGGAGGCUCUUUGGAAUAUAUGAAGUCCCGCCAAACCCAAACCACAUUAUCCACCGUGAAGCUGAGCUUCUUCGCGAGAUUCGAGAUAUUCGAGACGAGCUGGGCAUGCUCAAGGCACUCCUCGAACAUCAAGAGACUGUAUGGAAGCAAGCAUUUGACACUGAAGAGUUAAGAGGUUGUUUCCAGUACCAUCAUCCUUGGACGCCGACGGAUAUCAAGGAAGAUCUGGAUGAGAUACUUGCCGAAGUUGAACGGACAAUUGACUCGAUCAAUACUCUUCUUGACCUACGAACAAAGCAAGCUAGUAUCAAAGACGCAGAGUAUGGAAGGAUCCAAGCCAAUGACGAGGCAAGGCAAUCCAAGAGUGUUUUCAUCUUUACCAUUGUCACAGUCGUCUUUCUUCCACUCUCGUUCUUAUCUUCGCUAUUUGCAUUGGACGUUUCUAGUUUCCCACAUGAAUCAGGCAAUCUCAAGUACAAACCAGAAUGGAUUUUUCCAAUAAUCUUUGGCGUAACAGCUAUUGUUUCUAUUCCAGUUAUGAUCUUUGCAUGGAAUGUCAAUUCUAUCUCGCGGCAGUUGAGGCCCGGGCCCGAGCCCGAGAACACUCCGGCUCCACCUCAGGCUGUGGGAGAUCGCCAGAGAACUGCUGAGACAGGCAUGAAGAAAAUUUUGAGACAGCGGUCCAGUUGGCGAAAGAAGGAAGAUAACCCAGUGUGA